AUGGUCGUGGUAUUCCUUGUCGCCAUCAAAAGCGUCAACCCGAAGGCCGUACUUCUUGACAACGUCUCCAAUCACUUGGAUGGCCUUGUGUUGAACAUCUACGGGCCUCUGGUGGUGUGCAACCCGAUGGUUAACGGCCAGAGUAACAACCUCCGGCAAGGCGUUGAUUUUGAUUCCGCCCUGGAUCAGGUCAACAGCCUGCGAGGUCUGGACGACAAAGCGGUUCAACGGUGUAGUGUUGGCGAAUUCCACCGCAAGGGCCUCAAAGUCACCAUUUCUUAG